AUAAAGUAAAAUUCAUUAAAAGUACAACUUGUUUUAAUUAACAUAACUUUUAAGAAUAUACAGUUAAGUGAGGUACACUCCUAUUGUUGUAUGCAUUGAACAAUAGCAUUUGAUGUGCUCCAGUCAAAGUGAUAAUAAUAACAAAUAGCAUUUCGAGUGUAACGUUAUUAUUUUCGACAUCAACGAGUCUACAUCAUAACAAAUUGGCGCAGUCAGUAGGAUUCUCAUAAUUAAAACGAGAAUCUAAAGAACAAGCAACUGGAUCAACUUGGACGACAGAGAUAAUUGCAGUUCUGGGACUCCGCUCACGCAGGUCCACUGUUCCUCGACAGACCAAGAAGAUUCAAGCAAAAACCGAGUCAUCACUCAAAAACAACUACCAAGAUGACCAACCUAACCCUGUGGUUAGCCCUACUCAUCAUACCGACGAUAACAACUAAAGAAAUCGACAUAACUUCACUAUCAUCUGACACCGGAUUUUACGUUAAAUUUAUAGACGACCUCAGGAUAAUUGAACAACAAUACUCGUUAAUAAUAGUGAAAGACAUUAAACCAUUAACAGAAGGAAUAGAACAGGUAGAAAAAUUAAUAAACAAAGUCAGAACAAUUGAAAACUCUUUAAAGAAUCAGGCCCACUCUUAUGUUCAUACAGUUAUAUUAGAUAAACAACUAAAAUAUCUUAAGAGGAACGUUGACAUCAUUAACAAUUCAUUAUUAAGUAAAAGAAACAAAAGAGGAUUAAUAAAUGGAGUAGGAACUAUAUUUCACUAUCUUUUUGGAACAAUGGAUGCAGACGAAGACCAGGAUAUUCAGAAAAGUGUAAACGAAUUACAAUUAUCGAAUAAAAAUAUAUUAACUUUAGUAGACAGAAACGUUCACAUUGUCAAGGAUACGAUUAAAAGCUUUAACGAUACAUUGAGCUCACUCUCUUUAACAGAACAAACGAUAUCUAAAAACUUUGACAAAAUUAACAAAGCUAUUAAUACAAAUUCGUUAUUAAUACAUGGAAAUGAAUUCUCGAUACGUUUAUUAAAUAUGAUAACCUUCAGUGAUGAAAUACUUACUGAAUAUACCAACGAAAUUAAUAAUAUAAAACAACAAAUUCUGUAUGCUAAAUUAAACAAAAUACCACCAUCCUUUUUAGAGAACAAUUUAUUAAAACAAAGCAUCUUAGAAAUAAAUCGCCAGGUACCAGAGUUUGAAUUACCAUUUAACCCGGAUACUGAAUUAUACAAAUUUCUCGACUCAGCCAAAUUAAAUAUUCAAAUGAUAAAUUCAACAAUCAUUUACAAAAUUAAAAUUCCAUUGUUAAGCAAGGAUAUAUUUAAAUUAUAUCACAUCCUUUCAAUCCCUGUCCGCAAAAACAACCAUUUUCAAAUCUUUAUACCCGAAACUCCCUAUGUGGCAAUAGAGAGAUUGAAAUCCAUUUAUACAUCAUUCACUUCCCAAAUGGAGUUGAUGAACAUCCAAGACAAGAUCUUCAUAAUUAACCCAAACAUCAGAGACAAGGACGAUGGUAACUGCGAGACCGACAUCUUAUUCCAAGGUAGACUCACCAAUAAAUGCCAUGGAACAUUGGUCAACAUCGAUCAAAGCGAGAUCCGCCAACUUGAAGAAAACCAAUGGUUGGUUACUGUACCUGCACCUACGGACUUUACAUACAAAUGUAAAGAUAUGGAGAUAAGGACCGUAAUUCUUAACACCAAUUGCAUCAUACAAUUAAACGACCAAUGCACUGGAAUGCUGGGCAAUCACCUCAAGAUCACCUAUUACAAAAGAAAACCUAUUUACAAAAAUAUAACUGGUACAAUGGUACAAAUCCCUAACGAUUGUUGCUUACCGGAGAAAUUAAAAAAACGAAGAAUUACAUCUUCAUGCCAUUCCUGUCCAUGCACUUAACCAAGAAGAGUUGAUAAUGAACAAACACAAGAUAGAAAGAAUAGAAGAGGACCUUUAUAAGGAACAACUUCGACCCCUCUCCAAACUUGGUUCAAUCAAAUGGUGGCACAUGCUAUUGUCCUCAUUGGGCGGACUACUAAUGAUAUUAUUAGCUUGCUGUUGUUGCUGUCCGAAGUGCUUGACCCUAAUUAAACCACGAUGGUCCAAACGUUGCUCAGAUUACUGUAUCAAAAUUAAGAAUAAAAACAUCAGCUACCCUUAUAGGGAUCCAAAGGAAAGACAACCAAUGUACAACCCUCAUCUAGCCAGUUCAGCUCCAAACAUAAUGGAAUCCAGUGUUAAAUUCUCGGAUUUACUACAAACUCAAAAGAAGAAUGACCAGUCCAUAUAUCCUAAUCUAAAGAAAUGGACACCUCCGAAAACAUUAAUAAAAUAAGAAAUACGUUAUAUUACCCUAUAUUAUACUAUAUAUUGUAUUAUCAUAUUUUAUCCUACAUUGUAUUAUACUUUUGUCAUGAUAUAUUUAAAAAGGCAUAACAAAAAUCUUAGUAAGGGAGGAAUGCAAAGAUCCCACUUAGCAUCAUAUCUAGACUACCUUAUCGUUUUGACGUCAUGCUUUUGUAAACAGACUUAUACUAUAUAAACCCCUAUUCUUGUAUUAAGUCUUCAGUCUUGUGCUUCGCUUAAAAGUAAAAUAAUAAAGUAAAAUUCAUUAAAAGUACAACUUGUUUUAAUUAACAUAACUUUUAAGAAUAUACAGUUAAGUGAGGUACACUCCUAUUGUUGUAUGCAUUGAACAAUAGAAUUUGAUGUGCUCCAGUCAAAGUGAUAAUAAUAACAAAUAGCAUUUCGAGUGUAACGUUAUUAUUUUCGACAUCAACGAGUCUACAUCAUAACAGUACUAGGUCUGUUCAUCGACUUCGCAAGCGCGUUUGACAACUUGCACUGGAGCCGUAUUGUCGCGAGGCUCCAACGAGUGGGGUGUGAAGAGCUAGCUUUGUGGCGAAGCUACUUCCACGAAAGAGAAGUAAGAGCCUACG